GAAACUCUGCGUGUCGCCCAGUCCAAAGCGAUUUCGGGACAGACAGUCGCUUGAUUCGACAGGUCGUCGGCAAGCGACGUGAGCCUGUUCGCAAGCUGCUCGCCCUGGCGACAAGCUCGAUAAUCUCGAGGAGACUGUCGCUUUACAGGCUACAGUGCACCUCGCUGCUGGUCGUAGCGGCAAGCCCGAUGUCCAUUACUCACGGCUUGCCCAACGGUGAGCUGUUGUUCGCAUCGCACAGCUUCGCCGGUUGCAUCAACCAAAGCCGUGUCUGCGUCGCCUUCAGGAGGUGUGAAAAUUGGAUCGGGGCGUUCCGGAAUGUGACGUCGCUUAACCGAACCGUUAAGCUUCUUAGCCGUUCUGGGAACAUAAGCGACCGCUCUGUACCGCUCAUUGACGGCCCGGGACGUCACGGCGUUGUUUGGUUUGUAUAUCCCCUGGGGUCGACAAUGACGCACACCACAGACCGGUCUCCACCCGUCGUGGGACCGCACGCGUGAAACUCGCGCCGCCUUUCGACGCGGAUCGCAUUUCAGAGUCAGAAAAUUCACAGCAGAUGGCUGGUCUUCCGACGCUUUUACAACGGCUCUCUGCUGGCCCUAGGUUGAUUAAGUCUACACUGACCGAGGGUGACGAUAAGCUGCCUUGUUCCCAGACGGCUCCGGAAAAAUCAGGCUGGAACCCCCGGCCGAAGGGCUUGAGAAACGCAGCAUCGGAAAGUUCUUCCCUUCGUCCUUGAGUGGUCAGGUCCAGGGUCACGAAGACCUGCAGAUCCACUCCACUCUUCAAAAAGCGGAGGCCCUGGAACUCAGGUCUACCCUCCUGCUCCUGCUCCUUCCUGCGCAGUACAGCAACCUGGCUUGCUAAGGGCGACCCUCCCCUGAGCAACUAUCGCCACGUGUGAAGUCUGACGUGGAGCCAGACAACCAGGUCAACAUGCCUCUCCUUUGGCAGCUCGUCCUAGCAGGCAUUAUACUCGCUUUAGCGUACCUCACAUGGCGGUAUAAGUACUUCCUGAGAGGGAACAGCAAGUUUGGGCCUCCUCACUGGCCUGUCCUGGGAGCAAUCCCGGCUCUCUUCUCCAACUUCCCGUAUCUCCUGGAUUGGUCCACGUCACUGCUCGAGGCAUGUCCAACAAUGACGUACGUGUCUCUAGGGCCCGGCAUGAACGAGGUGAUCACCGCGAAUCCCGAGGUGCUGGAGCACAUUCUCAAGAACAAGUUCAGCAACUACCCUAAGGGGCCUGACUUCCAGUCAUCAUUCAACGACCUGCUGGGCCAUGGCAUAUUCAACAGCGAUGGCGAGGCGUGGAAGCAGCAGAGGAAGACAGCCAGCCUUGAGUUCUCCGCCCGGUCCCUCCGCGACCUCAUGAUGGUCUCCAUUCAGGACGAGGUUCAGCUCCGCCUCCUUCCCACCCUGCAAACGGCCAUGGACACCAGCGCCAGCAUUGACUUUCAGGACAUUCUCCUGCGCUACACCUUUGACAACAUCUGCCGCAUCGGGUUCGGUGUUGACCCUGGCUGCCUCGCUGCAGGCCUGCCUGACAUCCCCUUCGCCAAAGCAUUCGACGAAGCCACCAAGGCCACUCAGAUCCGCAACAUCCUACCAGAGUCCAUCCGCAGCCUCUUCAUGUCGUGGGGCAUCGCACACGAGAAGAUUCUCAAAGCAUCCGUGCAGGAGAUUGAUGAGUUCGCCCAGCGGGUGAUCCAGACGCGCAAGGAGCAGCUGAGCAGGCUGAGGAAGGGCGGAGCAGAUGGCGAGGAGGAGGGCCGGGAUGGGGUCUCCCUGGGCCACUCGGACAUCCUCUCCAGGAUGAUGAUGCUUCAGAAGGACGACGGGGGCGAGCUCUACUCGGAGCGAUUCCUCCGAGACGCCUGCACCAACUUCAUCCUAGCUGGCAGGGACACGUCAUCAGUGCUGCUGACGUGGUUCUUCUGGCUGCUGAGCUGGCACCCACACGUGGAGAGCAAGAUAGUAGAAGAGGCGAGGAGCAUCAUUGCCAGGCGAGCUGAGGGCGACCAGAGGGAGACGUUCUCGUAUGAUGAACUGAGGAGCAUGACCUACACCCACGCUGCCCUCAAUGAGGCUCUCCGCCUCUACCCCUCUGUCCCUGCCGACACCAAGCAUGUGAGUGAGGACGAUGUGCUUCCAGACGGCACCCCGGUGAAGAAGGGGUGGCGGGUGAUGUAUGCCCUCUACGCCAUGGGGCGCAUGACGCGCAUAUGGGGCGCCGACGCCCGCGAGUACCGCCCGGAGCGGUGGAUCGAUGGCUCGGGGCAGCUGAAGAACGAGUCGCCCUUCAAGUUCCCUGCCUUUAAUGCUGGGCCACGGCUGUGCCUGGGGAGAGACCUGGCCUACUUGCAGAUGAAAUCAGUGGCAGCGAGUGUGCUGACCAAGUACCGCCUGAAACCAGUCCCAGGGCACAAGAUAGAGUACAGCGUGUCCCUAACUUUGUUUAUGAAAAACGGGCUGCUGGUUAAUGUGCAGCCGCGAUAGGAAAUUGAGUAGGUUUGGGACAUUGCAAUUCCCUGUUCCUUAGUGUGUCACUUUCGAUGCUCGUUGUUUGCUGAAUAUUCCUAUCAAUUAGGGAAGCGGAUUCUAGACCGUUGUCCCUUGUUUCCCUCUUUCUGAAGUGUACGUUAUUUAGCCUGGGGAGGGGUGUACAUCUGAUUUCGAGAUCUGUUUGUCUGCAGGUGCCUCCUUUGGCCACUUCACAUCGCUUGCCCCAUCAUCCCAUCUCCCUCAGGCCAGACUGUGUGUGUGUGCUGCCAGCCUCCCGCCCGCCCCCUUCUGCUCCUUCCUUUCCUCCUCUCAUGUCUGAUCUGACAUAUUCCUUCUCCUUUCGAUGCUCGCUCUCUUAUCUCGUUUCUGGUGCUCGCUCGCUCUCUUCCUCAUCGCGUUCUGAGCUAUUCCCCUCCGUGACGUUUUCUUAACUUCACACUAAGCGUCUUGGCUGUGCAGCAUUCCAGGAUUCUUCUUUUAUUGUCGGAGCUCAGUCCCGCCACCCACGUAGCACUCUAUCUCGAGUCGGGGCCAUCAUGACGGAUGCAGGCGCGCCGGACGUAGCGACUGCGGAAGUCGUUAACAUGGAAGAACCGGCAGCGCAGGGUUGGUGCGUCUGGGGCCCCUGGGAGUGCGACUGGUGUGAAAGCAUUGGUUCCGUAGUCGGCUGCGUUGUGGAAGGCUUGUGUAGCGGAUAGUGUUAUUUCCUGUGAUUCCGCCCAGUCACUGUACUUCCCGCGGGUUCUUUCCUCCCAAGACCUCUCCUCCCAACGGUCAUGGCAGCAAGCGACGAUACUAUCGCGAGCCUCGCAAAUAGUGUUGACGAGUAGUCGAAGAUGCCGUAUCUGACGCGAUUUUGUAAAAAGGUAGGUGGUGAUCAAAUGAGACAAGUUUGUGUGAUUCUGUUUAUGGGCCCACUUCCCAAAACAUGCCCAGAGUGAUCUUGCCGGAUUCAGAAGCCUCUGAAUUACAUGUUAUGGUGAUUGUAAAAAUUUGUCAGGUGU